GACGUCAUAACAAAUUGUACACAACCUUCUUGGUAUUACACCGUGGGACACAUUGUUUUGUUUUUAAUUUUGGAGGAAUGUCGCUACCGACAGUGCAAUUAUGAGCAUUAAGAUAUAUUUACCGGUUAAUUACUUUUACCUUAAAAAGCCCAUCAAUUUAUAUGGCCAAGUAAUAAUAACAGAAGACAAUAUCGUUGCAUAUCACAUUGUGGAAUCUGCAGAUUUGGAGUUGAGUGCCGGCAGAGCCACGGAUCAUCUAUCCAGCAAUUUGCGUUUCCUGGGCUCCAUCCUUAAUGCCGACUUCAAUGCGGAUCAAAAUCAAUACCUACAGCUCGAUAUGCGGGUCUGCUUCACAUACGUCAGCAGUCAGCCCAAUAUAUCGCUGGUCUAUAUAGGCAUUGCUCCAGAUUAUUUAAAGCACAUUAAACUAAUCCUCUAUGAACAACAAACCAUACGAAAUUGGUUCGUUGACUGUGGAGGCGGCGGCGAGGAGGCAUCCAAUAAACUCGAUGUAGAAUAUAAUGAUGACUGCAAGGAUUGUGAUUUCCUGGAGCUCUUUAAGCUGGCCCAACGGCCGGCAACUGGAGUUGAAAGACCAAAGAACAGUACCAAAAAGAGUGCUCUACGUACGUUAACCCUUAUGGUGGCCAAUUCUCCAAUGGCUAUAUUUAGAUAUAUUGCCGAAAACGUAUUUGUGAACAGCAUAGUAGUGCAUACGACUAUAUACAAGCAUUUUAAAGAAUGGCAGUCAACUUGUGAUACACGAUCUCGUCCUAUAAAUAUUGCUUUGGAUAGAAUACUGGGUGUUAUUUCCAUGAUAAUACUCUUUUCGCUUGCCACACAACCAGGAGAUUUUCUUAUACAGAUAUCACACGUUGUUAUUGAUCAAUUAUACAGCCUGUUGAAGGUAUUGGAGGGCAGUCCUAUUGGUCUCAAGCUGAAUAUACAUUUGAAUAAUUUCUUCCUUGACUGCUUUAAAUAUCACAUUGAGUUGUGGUCUACCUUUUUGGAUUUCAUCGAACCGUUGGUGCGACAAGUGUUCUUGGCCAUAGGAGUAUUUGGUUGCCUUGGCUUCACAUUCCAGAUAGCCCUCUUGGCGGACCUAAUAUCCAUAAUUGGAAUACAUUCGCAUUGUUUCUACAUUUACACAAGAGUGCUCUUCAAUGUGGAAAAGAAGGGCUUGUCAGUGCUAUGGCAAGUGGUGCGAGGAAAUCGGUACAAUAUUUUAAAAGGCCGCAUCGAGGCUCAUAACUAUAUGAAUCGACAGCUAUAUCUUGCCACUAUAUUUUUCUCGACUAUUUUGUUUUUGCUUCCCACUACCUUGGUCUACUAUAUAGUUUUUGCUGCUCUUAAGGCACUCACACUUGCAACACUCAGUAUAUUCGAAUUCUUUCGACGGAAAAUGUUAUCCCUGCCCAUUGAAGAAUGCAUCAAGUGGUUGAUAAAAGGAUGCAACGAAAUAGAUAGUCUUCAAAUGAUGGAUGUUGUCUUGGAAGAAAAGGCUUUUCUAAUGCAUAAACAUCAUAGAAUCGAAGUAUCAGUAUAUAAGAUUCAAACCUGAAUAAAAUAUAAAUUAUAAAUCAAAAAUAUUAAUUAAAGGUUGUAUUAUUGAAAUUA